UCCACAGAGUAGAGUAUUUUUUUUUAUGACAAAAUUUGUCAAUAAAAAUUACCAAUGUUUAUUAAUUUUUUUUCUAAACAUAAAUAAUUGUUAUUCAUAAAAUUAUAUGAAAAUGAGUGUAAAUACACGCAGGGGACCCAUAUUCGAUCCCGGACUAUGCAGAUGCUGUGGUUCAAUAAAAAAAUGUCGCCUUUUAAAUAUUGAAUACGAAUGGAACGGUCAAAAGGAAAUAUACUCGGAUAUGUUCAUGGAUUGCUUCGGCUUACUGCUGUCUCACCUGGACGGUGAGGAGGCAGACCGACUGAUCUGCGCCACGUGUGUGGUGCGCCUGCGCGAGGCUGCCGGCUUCCGCACCCAGGUGCUGCAGUGCGAGGAAACGCUGCUGAGGGCCAAGAUACUUGGAGAAGGUGACAGCAGUGACUCCCUGAAGGAGGAGCCGGCUGUGAAGGAGGAAAUAGAAGUGAUGGUGGAACUGCCCUGUGCCGAUUAUGAUGCCACAGAUCACAUUGAUAAUGAUAUAGAAGAUGACGCAAUGGAACCAGAGAAGACAGAGAAGAGACCAAAGAGGAGAUCACUCAGGCAGAAGUUGAGCGGCAAGAAAAGAAAAUCGAAAAAGACAAGCAAGAGAUGUUUAGUUGAGGAGAGUGAUUUAUUUACAACUCAGCAAGAGGAGAUUGUUGCCCAUGAGUAUAAACUGCAAGAGACCUGCCAACGCAAACAGAAUGGCUUUAAAACGGACACUGAACACCACAACAUACUGACUAUCGUUGAAAACUCCUACGCUUGCCCCUUUGACACAUCCUUCAGCGAUUACUUCUGUGUCUACUGCAGACAAGUGUUCACAGACCCCAACAAACUCAGAGAACAUUCAAUGACCCAUGACCCGAGAACGUUCAAAGACAUAUUAAACAACGGUGCCCAUAACAAAAAGGUCCAAAUAGACAUACACAGGAUAGAUUGCAGAUUAUGUCCAGAACCGAUCAAUGACUUGGACCAAUUCAAACACCACGCAACAAACCAUGGGAAGACUUUUUUGGAAAACUCAAACGAUUAUUUAAAAUUCAAAUUGACAUCUGGUACGUUGACUUGUACGGAGUGCGGUACAACGUUUGGAUUCUUUCACGCAUUAAAAAAACAUAUGGCAGAGCAUUUCGGUACGUGUAUCUGUGAUAUAUGCGGUGCACAUUACUUCGAAGAAAGAAUGCUUGUUUUACACCAAAAAACCCAUCAGAGAAACGAUGAGUCCUUCUCGUGCAAAGAGUGCGGUAAAAACUUCAAAUCUAAAUACACGAGAUACAUGCACAUAGCUCGGACACACAAAAAGGAGGCUGCGUACCAGUGUAAUAAGUGCGAUGAAGUGUUUUUCUCAUAUACAUUACGUUAUAGACACAUGAUCGAUGUGCACGGUGAGGAACGAACGUUCCAAUGCGAACAGUGUGACCGUGCUUAUGACAGUAGGAAAUCUUUACGAGAACACAACAGACGGUAUCAUUUGAAAAUAUUGAAACAUCAGUGUGAUUUGUGUGAAAAGAGGUUCUAUUUACCCUCGAGGUUAAAAGAACAUAUGGCAAGCCAUACCGGAGAGAGGAAUUUCAGGUGCGAAUACUGUGGGAAAAGUUAUCCGAGGUUACGGGGUUUGAAAGUCCACAUGCAAUCACAUAGUACGGAGAAGAAGUAUAAAUGUUCUAUGUGCAGUGCAUCGUUCACACAGAACGUCAAUUUGAAGAAUCAUAUCAAAAGACAACACCAGGGUAUAGAUUUGGAUGAGAAUUAUCAUGAAUAAAACAGUUUUAUUAUUUAUGUAUAAAAGUUAACAGUAUUAGUUGUUGAGUUGUUAAGGUGCAAUUACUUGAGCAAUUAAAAUUGCUCCAUUUUAGAUAGUAUUGUUUAAUAAACACAUUAAACAUGUUCAGUGCAUAAACUGUUUUAAAGAAUUUUCUGGAUUUGGAUACCUAAAAGUCUUGAUUAACAUUUCCAGUAGGCCUAACAUACAACCAUACAUACAAAUGUAAUAUAUUAUAAUAUAAUAAUGUAAUUCUAUUUA